CGGUGUGACGGUGUUGGUGGCAGUGACGGUGUCGGUGACGGUGUCGGUGCCGGUGUGACGGUGCCGGUGACGGUGUCGGUGACGGCGAGGGUGUGGGCGCCGGGUGCCAUUGUGCGCGGGGCGGGGGCCGCGGCACUUCCCGUGGGGGUCGGGGCCGAGGAAGCGCCGGCGCCGCCGGGGUCGGCCAUGGGGAACCUGCCCUCGGCGCUGCCCGCGGCCGCGCGCUCCUGCGGCCUCUGCUCCCGCCAGCCCCACGGCGAGGACGGCGCCGAGGCCCUCGGCCCCGCGCCCCCCCCCCGCCCGGCGGAGCCCCCCCGGUUCGCGCGGCUGAAGAACUGGCAGACGGGGAGCAUCGGCUACGACACGCUCUGCGCCGAGGGGCUGCCGGAGGGCCCGUGCUCGGGGCGCCGCUGCCUGGGCUCCCUGGUGCUGCCGCGGCCGCUGCCCCCCCCCGAGGGCCCCCGGCCCCCCCAGGAGCUGCUGGCGCUGGCGCGGGACUUCAUCACCCAGUACCACCGCUCCCUGCGACGGGAGAACUCGCCGGCGCACGCCCAGCGGCUGCGGGAGGUGGAGGCCGCCAUCGCCGCCACCGGCACCUACCGGCUGCUGGGCCCCGAGCUGGCCUUCGGCGCCAAACAGGCCUGGCGCAACGCCGCGCGCUGCGUGGGGCGCAUCCAGUGGAACAAGCUGCAGGUGUUCGACGCGCGGGACUGCGCCAGCGUGGGGGAGAUGUUCGGGUUCCUCUGCUCCCACAUCCAGUUCGCCACCAACCGCGGCAACAUCCGGUCGGCCAUCACCAUCUUCCCCCCGCGGACCCCCGGCCGCGGCGAUUUCCGCAUCUGGAACCCGCAGCUGAUCCGGUACGCGGGGUACCGCCAGCCCGACGGCUCCGUGCGCGGGGACCCCGCCAACGCCGACAUCACCGAGCUCUGCAUCCAGCACGGCUGGACCCCCGGCGGCGGCCGCUUCGACGUGCUGCCGCUGCUGCUGCAGGGCCCCGAGGAGCCCCCCGAGCUCUUCCCGCUGCCCCCCGAGCUCGUCCUGGAGGUGCCGCUGCAGCACCCCACGCUGCCGUGGUUCGGGGCGCUGGGGCUGCGCUGGCACGCGCUGCCGGCCGUGUCCAACAUGCUGCUGGAGAUCGGGGGGCUGCAGUUCCCGGCCGCCCCCUUCAACGGCUGGUACAUGAGCAGCGAGAUCGGCGCCCGCAACCUCUGCGACCCCCAGCGCUACGACCUGCUGCCGGAGGUGGCGCGGCGCAUGGGGCUGGACACGGGCACCACCACGUCCCUCUGGAAGGACCGGGCCGCGCUGGAGGUGAACGUGGCCGUGCUGCACAGCUUCCAGGUGGCCAAGGUGACCAUCGUGGACCACCACGCGGCCACCGAGUCCUUCGUGAAGCACAUGGAGAACGAGCUGCGCACGCGGGGGGGGUGCCCGGCCGACUGGGCCUGGAUCGUGCCCCCCAUCUCGGGCAGCCUCACCCCCGUCUUCCACCAGGAGAUGGUCAACUACCAGCUCUGCCCCACCUUCCGCUACCAGCCCGACGCCUGGAAGGUCUACGUCUCCAAGGGCACCACCGUCACCAGGCGAAAGACCUUCAAGGAGGUGGCCAACGCCGUGAAGAUCUCGGCCAAGCUCAUGGGCCACGUGAUGGCGCGGCGGGUGAAGGCCACCAUCCUCUACGCCACCGAGACCGGCAAAUCCCGCACCUACGCCUGGAACCUCUGCCAGCUCUUCCGCCGCGCCUUCGACCCCAAGGUGCUGUGCAUGGAUGAGUACGACGUGGUGGCCCUGGAGCACGAGACCCUGGUGCUGGUGGUCACCAGCACCUUUGGGAACGGGGACCCCCCGGAGUGCGCGGAGAGCUUCUCCAAGGCGCUGAUGGAGAUGACCUCGCCCUACACCAGCAGCUCCCAGGCUGAGCCCCCCAAGAGCUACAAGCUGCGGUUCAACAGCGUCUCGCAGUCGGACCAGCUGGUGGCCUCCUGGAAGAAGAAGCGGCGGCAGCUGAGCAACACCGACAGCGCCGGCACCCUGGGCGCCCUGCGGUACCCGCACCCCACACACCCCACACACCCCACACACCCCCCACGGGACGGGGCACCCUGGGCGCCCUGCGGUACCCGCACCCCACACACCCCACACACCCCCCACACCCCACACACCCCCCAUGGGACGGGGCACCCUGCUCCCACAGGAGCUCCCGCAGCACCCGCAUCACACACGCCACACACAGCACCCGCAGCGCCCGCAGCGCCCGUGUCACAUGCAGCACCCGCGUCACGUGCAGCACCCGCUGCACAUGCAUCACACACAACACCUGCAUCACAUGCGUUACACGCAGCACCCGCAGCACUCACAGCACCCGCAGCACCCGCAUCACCCACAGCACCUGCAUCCCCUGCAGCACCAGCAGCAUCCGCAUCAGCCGCAUCACCCGCAUCACACACAGCAUCCACAUCACAUGCAUUGCAUGCAGCACAUGCAGCACUCACAGCACUUGCAGGACUUGCAGCACCCACAGCACCCGCGUCACAUGCAUCACCUGCAGGACACACAGCUCCUGCAGCACCCGCAGCACCCGCAUCACCCACAUCACACGCAGCGACCGCAUCACAUGCAUUACAUGCAGCACCUGCAGCACCCACAUCACAUGCAUUACCCGCAGCACACGUGGCUCCUGCAGCACCAGCAGCACCUGCAUCACCCGCAGCACCCGCAUCACCCGCAGCACCCGCGUCACAUGCAUCACCUGCAGGACACGCAGCGCCCGCAGCGCCCACAUCACAUGCAGCACCCACAGCACCUUCAUCCCCCACAGCACCCACAUCGCACGCAGCGCCCGCAUCACACGCAUUACAUGCAGCACUCGCAGCACCCACAGCACCCGCAUCGCAUGCAUCACCCGCAGCGCCCGCAGCUCCUGCAGCACCCACAGCACAUGCAUCACGCACAGCACCUGCAUCACACGCAUUACAUGCGGCCCCCGCAGCCCCCGCAGCCCCCACCCCGUCUGUCCCGUGGCCGCGGGAGGGGGCAGGAGCUGCCCCGGGGGGGUCUCCCACCCCUGAACCCCACUUGUAACGGCCCUGACCCCCCCCCAGCUCACCCUGCCCCAACCACAGCCCCCCCGCCUCACCCCCAGCCCUGGGUCCCCCCCCCACCCCCGGGUACCCCCCCCCAAGCCCUGAGCAUCCCCCU